GGACAGCGUGGAGGCGGACGAGCUGGCAGGGCUGCUGGAAGCCCUGCGCCCCAGCGCGCUCGCCUGGCACGGGGGGCUGGCGAGCCGCGUGCGCGCCGCGGGCCUGCUGCUGACGCUGGUGGCCGGGUCCUCCCGGGCGUGCCGGUCGGCCUUCGUGGCGGAGGGGCUGCCGCUGCUCUUGGAGGUGCUCGGCGAGGCGGCCGCGGCGCUGUGCGGGGGGGGGCUCGCCGAGCCUGGCGAGGCCGCCUUCUGGGCGCAGGGCUGCAUGCUGUGCCUCUCCGCGCUGCCCACGGAGGAGGCGCCCUCGCCCGAGCAGGUGCUCUACAUCCACAGGCAGCUCUGCUGGCUGGACCGCUGGUCCAUCGCCCAGGCGGCUUCGCUCGGCGACGGCGAGCAACAGCCAGGCGCGGUGGCCGCGGCCGCGGUGCGCGCCGACAUUGCGGCGCUGCUGCGACGGUGGGGCGGCGGGCCGCUGCCUGGCGACCCCGUUCGCGGCAAGGUGGCGGAGCUGUUCGUGCACGGGCUCAUGUGCCCGGCUGAGCCGCUCCCCGCGGGAGAUCGCGGAGGCGCCCGCGCUUGCGAGGAGGAGGUGCUCGAGCAGCGCUCGUCGAUCAUCGGAGCCGCCGUGGACCUGGAGGUGGCGCUGCACCGCACCUACGGGGGCACCACGAAGGGGUACAGCAAGCACGCGCGGAUGCUCCGCAGCAACCUCUGCCACCCGAGCAACGGGCCGCUGCGCAGGCGCAUCGUGGCGGGGGCCGUCUCCGCGGAAGAGGUGGUCUCGAUGGACUCCGACGCGCUGGCCCCCACGUUCCUGCAGGAGGAGCGCCGUGCGGCCGAGCAGAAGGUGCUGCGAGAGGUCACCGUGGCGCCGGCGGCGCCGAGCCCGCCCAGCGGCUCCCCAGCCGGGGGCGCCGGCUCCCCUGCCGCCUCCAAGUCGCCGGGGCUGCCCGGCCAGCCCGACCCCGGCGACGAGCUCCGGCGCGCCGUCGCGAAUUCGCUGCCGGGUGCCGCGGGCGGCGCGUGAGGGCACGCGCGGCACGCGCAAUCCGCAGUUUGCCAAUUGAGCAGCGCUGCUCUUGUGUUGCCUGCGUGUGCGUAGGGUAGUCUGGCCAAUUUGAUCGACCGGCCCGCCUCUCCCCCCUUCCCCCGUGCUC